GUACAAGAUAACAUACUACAUGGCAAAGUACUGGUACGUAACCUGGACUAUCAAAAGACGGUGACAGUUCGAUACACGUUUGAUUAUUGGGAAACAGUUCAGAAUGUGAAUGCAAUUUAUCAAUCAAAUUAUCAUUCUAAUACGCUUUAUGAUGUCUUUACAUUCAAGAUCAACAUUCAAUCUAGUUCGCUUUAUUUUGCCAUUCACUAUAAAGUAGGAUCUCAAGAAUUUUGGGAUAAUAAUGACUGUAAAAAUUAUGAAAUUCAAUUUGUACAUAAUCGUCCAGCCUCUACUACUAUGAACAAAGAUCAACAAGAAGAGAACCAAUUAAAGAAACGAUAUGAUUUCUCACAAGCGAUU